GGAGUGCAGGACCAUCGGAGAGAGAGAGAGAGAGAGCGCUUGAGAGCUCUGAGCUGUGAGGGAUCUGACCCCCAAGCCUCCAUUGGACAGGCUCCGAGGGAAGGGGGUGUGUCCAGGCACUGCUGCGCUGCACUCUCCGCCAUCCCCUCCACGCUGCUCUCAACAACAACUGUGUGCGCUGCCGUAGCUCCUCUUCCAGAUGCUGCCGCAGCAGCCGAGAGGCAGAGAGAGAGGAGGAGGACCCGCCUGAGCCCACUCUGAGCUGGAUUUCUUGCGAGGUGCGUCCGGGGCGCUGCGGUAGACGGCCAGGGAAAAUAGGGGCCCCACAGCGGCGGAGAUUGCCAGUUUUGAAAAAUAGAAGCCAAGUCCAUGCCAUUGAGAAACACAAAUGAUGGACAAGAAAAGUGCAAAUGGCUAUCCCUCCAAAGUGCCUGAGGGAGGCAGCCAGAGGAAGCAGAUCCCUUACUCUGUUGAGACACCCUAUGGCUUCCACCUGGACUUGGACUUCCUCAAGUAUGUGGACGACAUUGAGAAGGGCAAUACGAUCAAGCGGGUGCACAUCCAGAGGAAAAACAAGGGUCCCAAGUACAGCACACUGCCACGCAACUUCAGCCUCCCUGGCCAUGGAGCCCGACCUCCUCCAAAGGACAUGUGGGCAUCUGGCACCUCCACCCUUGGGCCCAAGCCGAAGUCACGGGUCACUGAAGUCCAGCAGAUCUAUGACUUCAAACCCAGCGAUGGUGGGUCCUCCAGCCUCUCCAGGAUCCAAGGGAGCAGCUACAGCCCACCCCUAAGGCCAGCGGAGGAGGUCAAAUCUCGGGUCUACGAGGAGCAGCCGCUGAGCCUCCAGGUGAGGCCUAACCUGCUCCGAGCCUCCAGCAUGCCUGUGAACGUCCCCCGCAGGAAGGGCUCCGACUCCUCAGAGGACCGCAGCCCUGUGGCCGUGAGCGAGUCGCAGAAGGAGAAUGGCUCCUACGAGAGGCUCUUCCGAGCAGCCGAUGGAACCGACAGGCGGGGAAGCAUACCCCAAGACCGAGCAAGCCUGCACCUCCAGAUUACAAAUGCGCUGAAGAGGGUGCGAGAGCUGGAGGAGCAGGUGAGGACCAUACCGGAAUUGAAGGCUCAGAUCUGCUCCCUGACGGAUGAGAAAGAACAACUUCUAAAGAGAAUAGAAGAAAAAGAACAGGAACAGCAACAGCCUCCACCUGUAGCCCAGACUGCAGAGGAGCAGCAGCAGGAGGAGGAAGACGAGGAGGAGGAGGAAGAUGCUGAAAGUCCCCAGCAAGGAACAGAAGACUCCUGCCUUCCAACCACCAUGAUCUAUGUUGAGCCUCCUACCCCAGAGGAUGAGACCAAAACUGAAAUAGAGGACUCAGAAUCAGCCCGGGAAGAGCCAGAGGACGAAGCUGCUGAGACACAGAAACCCUCAACGCAAAUGUCAGAGACGCAAGCAGAGUCAUUAGAGAAAGGACCCGAGGUCUCAGACGCCUUGGCAUCGGUGUCAGAAACAGAGACGCAGGAAGAGACAUCAGAGAGCAUCAAAGAGCAGGCAGAUGCCACAGAGCCAGUGGAACUAGCAGAGACACAAACAACCCCAGCGCAGGAAUUUGAAAAGACAGCUGAGGCAUCCAGACAGGGUCUAGAACAACAAGAAAACAGGGCAGAAAGUCCGACAGACCACUUUGGGGAGAAACAAAUAGAGCCAUCAGGGGCUGUUUCAAAGGAGACAGCCAUGCCAAGAGUCCCAUUAGAGUGUCCCGUAUCUGUUGUGAUAACAGAGCCAGAGGAGGAGAGUGAGGAAGCAGAUAUUAAUGAAAUGGAGGGAAAAACCGCUGACCAAGUUGAGCAUCCUGUCAAAGAGAGCCAAAGUCUCAUCAUUCAGAAACUGCAGGCCAAACUGCAAGCCUUGGAGGAGAGACUGAACCAUUCCAGCCUGGAGUUAGAGAAGACGCAUGCCUUACUGAGGGAUCAGGUGGAGGAGAACCGGCUGAAAGAUGAGAGAAUACAAGAGCUUAAUGAGAGAGCAAGAGAGUUAGCAGAAACAGCUAAGAAUGACACAGUGGAGAAUGAUGAGAGUCAGCCACAACCUGAGCCACUUCUUACCAGUGAUGCAGCAGUUUGUACUGAUUCGGACCACGUAAGUGUGUCCGAAAAGGCUGUGUCCACUGAUGACGAGGCCCAGCCGAACAAUGGUCCCAAAGAGACAGAUCUGACAUGCUCCAGCACUCAGACACCUUCUGUUGAGGCCAAAGAUAUGGAGGUGCUGGCCCAAGUGCUCACCUCAGAGAAGGAGGUAGGAGUUGAGAUUAUUACCUGUGACCAGGCAGUGGAGACAGAGGCAGAGGCCCAGAUGGACAUGGCUUCUGGGAGAGAGGAGAGGAACGAAGGAGCAGAGGAAGUGGUAGAACAGGAGAAUGUGGUUUCCGUGGCUGUGGAAACCACAGAGAGCAGGUCUAUUGAGAAUGAAGUGAGUGAAGUGCAAGUACUUGAGGAGGAGGCAGUUGAAGAGAAGGCAGUUGAAGAGAAGGCAGUUGAGGAUACUGUUGAGAAGAGCGUAGAGGCAGAAAGUGAACCAGAGGAAGAGAACGUGCUUGAGAAAAUGGUGGUUGAAGAGGACAGGGCGAAGGAGAGUGCAGUUACAGAGAGUGCAGUCACAGAACCAGCCCCUGCUGAAAGUGCAGCUGUCGAGGACACAAAAAGGGAGGAUGUUGCCAAGGAUCCUGCAGUCACCAAGGAGACGGUGGGAUCUCCAAGUUCAUCAGAACCGGCCCCGAAACUGCAGAAAGAGGGCCAGCCUGCCCAGGAGGCUCAGUCCCAGUCUCGACGGUCCAGCGAGGCGGCCAUCGGCCACGUGGUCACCCGCAUCCAGGGCCUCCUGAACGAGCAGUGGACCAGCCUGGGCAGCGGGAGCCCCCAGGAGGCGGCGCAGAGCGCCCCCAAGCAGCAGAGCGCAGCUCCCAAGCCGCAGCAGCCGUCCAAGUUCAGCUCCAUCCAGAGUCAGCUGGUCAGCUCGCUCAGCGUCCUCUCCGCCUUCUACUCGCCCGGACAGAAGGAGAAGGCAGCGGCCGCCUCGCGACAGUCAGGUCUGAAAUCCAUUAUGAAGAAAGAUGGCUUACCUCAGAAGCCAGGGAACGGAGCAGCAAAGAAGAACCUAAAGUUUGUUGGAGUGAAUGGGGGCUAUGAGAGCACCUCCAGUGAGGAGUCCAGUGGGGAGGAGAAUCAGGAGGAGCAGGAGCAGGAGCUGGAGGAUAGCUCUGAACCGGAGGAGGACAAGGAGCAGGGCCACGAGGCAGGCGCCCAGGCCCAGGAGGAGGCCACCUCUGCUGGGGCUCAGGGGGAGGAGGUGGAGGAGAAGGAGGAGGCUGGGGGUCCGGAGGGGGCCGCGGAGCCCGCAGGAGCAGAGGCCUUCAUGAGCUCCCCAGAGCUGCCGGUCAGUGAAGUUGUUGAUAAAGAGUUCAUGGCCGCUUGUUAUUACCUGAAGGAUCGCAGAAAUGAAGUUGACAACCCAAAUAAGGAGAUGAGGCAGGUCCUGAUGGUUUUGUACCAGGAGUGGUUUCGCGUGUCCAGCCAGAAGGACUCGCAGGCGGACACGGUGACCCUCUACCUGAGAGAGGUGGGCAUGGCCACGCCCACCCUCCUCAGCUACAUCGUCAACCUGGCCGACGGCAACGGGAACACGGCGCUGCACUACAGCGUGUCGCACUCCAACUUCCCCGUGGUCAAACUGCUCCUGGACACAGAGCUGUGUGCUGUGGACCACCAGAACAAAGCGGGCUACACAGCCAUCAUGCUGGCGGCCCUGACUGCAGCAGAGAGCCCAGAGGACGUGGAGGUGGCCCAGCACCUCCUGCAGAAAGGCAACAUCAACGCCAACGCCAGCCAGACGGGGCAGACGGCUCUGAUGCUGGCGGUCAGUCACGGUCGCACGGCGAUGGUGCGCGUGCUGCUCAGCUGCGGUGCCAGCGUGAACGUGCAGGACCACGACGGCUCGACCGCGCUCAUGUGUGCCUGUGAGCACGGCCACGUCGAGAUCGCACGGGUGCUGCUCGAGCACCCCGACUGUGACACCAGCCUCAAAGACAAGGAUGGUCACACAGCUCUUUCAGUGGCCACUCAGGCUUCCCACAUGGAAGUCGUUGACCUUCUGCAGGCCCACACAGGUGCCCAGGCCUCUCAGGCCGCGGCUCCCCAAUGAGCCAGGGGAACCUGGACGACAUUCCUCCUCUCCAGGGAAACAUCAAGGACACAAAGGCUGCUUUCACCAACCAGCUGCCUUCCGUUGGCCUUCCAUCCAGCAGGCCUCUGCAGACCUUCAGAGGACACGACUCACAACCUUACUGGUAUUCCAGAGCCUUGGCCAACAUUCCUUUGGGACUAAUUAGAAUCUGGCAGGUUGCCAACGAGAAUCAGAAUUCCGUAUGCCAAGGCGGAGGAGGCUCGGUGGCAUGGGAACAGGGUCCUGGUUACUGAGAAUUCCGAGAUCUUUUCUGCUGCAAGACAAAAACAGAGGUGUCGAGGUGUCCUCUGAAGCACAUAUAGCUACUCUUCGAGCUCUUAAUCUGGACCAGGCAGUGUCCACCGAUUAUGUUAUUAUUUCUCAACUGUUAUUUUUUACCAUUUACAAUUGUUAUAUUUUUGUCAGAUAAGCCAUCACCAAGGCAGAAUUUUUAUUAUUGAUUCACAUUAUUUAUUUUGUAUUGCACUUUGUUUAUAUUUAGUCUGUCCUAUUUUGCCCAUUCUGAUGACAACCUGAUCAAUGACUCACAAGUCUUCCAAUAUGAAGGUUUAGCAGUUGGGUACAGCCAGGUAAGUUUCCUAUCAAUGAAUGCAUAGUCAUGUACGUGACACCAAAGGAGCUGGACAAGCAGGAUGAGCUAAAGCCAGUAUAAGCUCAACGGGAUGAUAGGUGAAUCCUCCAAUGCCAUGAGAAGUGCUCUCAGAAGACUCCCUCAAAAGGAGGAGAGGUAUUUGUAUAUGAGCCCUUUUAUAAAAACAGGUAUCCAACCAGUCUGGACAGCUCUUUCUUAAUAUUCCAGAGUCUUUUGGACCUCAGUCCACUAAAGUGCAAGUUAAUGGAAAAGGUGAAGGGCAGAAAGCAAAUAGCAACGUAGCAAACAGGUUUCUUGACAAAGCCAAAAAAAAGCAAUUUAACAUGCCGCUUUGCCAGUCUCAUACUCUGGUAAUAUGACCCAUUCUAGAACAUGCACGCACUGAGACAAAGAAUCCGCUCCCUUGAUUAAGUCUGAAUCUGAAACCCACAGGGAUCAUCACGCGGGUUACUUUAUUUUCAUGACAUCCACGUUAUGAGGGCAGACAACUCCGCUCCAUGGGGCCUUUUGUGCUCUGGUGGUAUCCAGCUCCAAUAUCAAUAGAGCUCCUCAAUUAGAUCUCCGAGUGGAGGCCAUGCAGAGUUUGUCUUAACUCCAGUAAAAAGCAUACAGACAGAGCAUCCGUGAAUGUAGGCCAUGACUCACACGUAUGUGUGAGUGUGGAUGUAAAGCCAAUCUGUCCAUUUUAUUCCCCUGUUUGUCUCUUUGUAGAGCAAAGUAUGAAUCCAGGACAAAUAAAUGUAGUUGUACUGUAUCAAGUACAGGGUUUUCUAUACUAUCAGUAUAAGACGUGGACAGCUAGCUUUAAGAUGUACCAUGUUGUCCAGAUGAAUAUGAAGCCACUUUUUAAAUGACAUCCUUACUGACACAUUAAUAUAACAAUGCAUUUCUCCCUCUCUCUCCUUCUUGCUGUCCCUCUCAUCGCUACUCUUUUCUCGUCAUCUUCAUCAUCGCCCAUCAGCUUUUCUGUAUCACACCAUCCUGCCACUUCUGUCCUCCUCCUCUUCAUCCCUAUCUGAAUGGCAACAUCCUCACUGCACCCUCUCACUAUCAGAAUCUCCACCCAUGAAUUGUUCCAUUUGCAGCACAACUUGCACAAGUGUAAAAUGAGUUGCACAGGCAGACAGGUUUGAGACGAUGGUAUGCGACAAGAGUAUAUUUGAACGAUAAUAAUUAAUUGUAGAGACAAAGAUCUAUUAAAAGGAACAAAGUUUCCUCCUGCAAAGCCAAGACGUUUCAAAAGACUUAAAGAGCACAUGAUUCACAUGCCUGAGAUUAAGUCAUCACCCACAGCUAUGUAUUCUUAUCUUAUGUUGAAUGUCUUUCUGGCCCAAAACAUCAAUCCUAUUUUUUUAAAUACCAGCAAAGUUGUGUCUGGCUUUGGAAGAAGAAACGCAUACUGAUGACAAAUCACUAUAUCUCUAUUGAAAAGUAUUUAUUUUAAAGUCUAUAUUUUCUAAAUAUAUCUAUAUAUGCAUGGAACAAAUGUUGGAAUUUAACAUGUAUGAAUUCAAUUCUGGUCUGGUCUUAGCCUCAAAAUCAUGUCUAUGUAACAAAAAAAAGAUGUUCUCAAGAAGGGAGAAGGUUAAAUAGUUGUUUGCUUGUUUUCUACUUUGGUUAUCUUUCUAUAUGUUGUCUCCCUCCCCUGAGGCAUUGAUUGCAAGGUCAAUUUCACUAUGGCUCACUGGUUAACCUAAAAUAUGGUGAAAGUGCAUUUUUCCUCUGGUUUCUUGGUCAUGAUAAAAGUUGUGCAUUACAGGGCUGAAACAUUUCAACUGGAUGUCCACUUGUACAAAUCAGUACCCAUUGCUAUUAUUCCUAAUAUAUUAUGGACCUGUUGUAUCCUAACCAUUUACAUAAUAGAAUUAUAAAUAAACAGGAAACCUUG